CUGGUCCACGAAGAGUUGCAAGGAACUUUGCCAACGGAGCUAGGGAUGUUGGAAUUCCUGACUCGCUUGGAGCUUCAGUACAACGAACUCCAUGGCAGUAUCCCUGACAACUAUUCCUACAUCCCAAGACUGCGAUUGAUUGAUCUAAGUCAUAAUGACCUCAGUGGCUCGAUACCGGAAACUUUAGGGACGCACUCCACUCGAUUGGAAGGAAUCCACAUCGCCGACAAUCAUCUCAUAGGCCAAAUUCCGCCUAACUUAGUGGCCUGGUCAAACCUGCGGCAUUUUGAUGUGAGCAAUAACGUGCUAACGGGGACGAUACCGGAUGCACUAUUCGAAUUGAAAAAUUUGAAAUACUUGGUUGCCGCCGACAACUGGAUAUCUGGAGAGUUGCCAAGCCGCGUUGCGAACUUAUCCAGCCUUCGUUUACUAGAUCUGGGAUCCAUGCUUCUUUGUGGACCCCUUCCUUUCAACAUUAACCAACUGAAAAGUCUGCAGGACUUGAAUUUGGGUGACAACCGUUUCACGGGAGCUCUACCAUCUGAGAUUUGGGACCUGUCUGAACUCCAAACAUUCCUUGCUUCCAACAAUCAAUUCACGGGAACUCUGCCAACCUCGGCCAAAGAGGUUGGCUGGCACGAACUGACAAAUCUUAGUGUACUCCGUCUAGAUAACAAUCGUCUAACAGGCUCGAUUCCGCGUGACCUUUUUGUUGGACUCAAAGCGUCGCUGCAAUGGUUGGACUUGAGCUACAAUCGUCUUUCGGGAACAAUUGCUACUGAAAUUGGACAGAUGAUAAGGUUGCGCACAAUCGACGUCAUGGCCAACAUGAUCAGCGGAUCUCUUCCU